AGUUGCGCAGCCAUCAAGACAGAGCGCGUUAGUUAACCUAAAGUCUACUGGCACUGAACCCCGCACUGCCAGUUUGUAAUAAGCAGUGGCAGAAGGUGCACAGUAUUAUAUUACCAUAUUCAAACAGGAGUCGUCAAUAGCGAGACGCCAUAGAGACAACCAGUUGCUCACCAAAAAACAACGAGAUGGACGUCACGAGUGUUAUCGGAGACUACGGCAAGUUCCAGAGGAACGUCUACCUCUUCUGCCUCCUCAGAGGUAUACCCAACGGCCUUCAUCUGGUCAUCUACAGCUUUUUUCUGCCCACGAUCGAGUACUGGUGUGCGAGGCCGGACAGUUUGGCCGUGAACGUGACGUCAGAACAGUGGAAGUCUCUGGUGCUCCCGAACUCGACAGCCGACGCCUAUAUAUCGUCUCUCAGCUACGGUCGUUGCCGGAUGUUUGACGUUGAGCUCGUCGGCAAUAGUACUCCAGUUUUCGGUAACCAGACGGUGCGCUGCAAUCGCUGGGAAUACGGACAGAGCUACUACAGGAGUUCGCUGGUACAGGAGUGGGACCUCGUUUGCGAUCGAGCAUGGACACGGAGCCUGGUUCAGACGGCCACCAUGAGCGGAAUGCUUGUGGGCACUCUGGUGUCCUCACUGGGUGACAGGCUUGGACGACGACCCAUGGUGAUCGCCGGAUACGUGGCCAGCUUCGUCGGCAGCGUCUGCGUGGCGGUAUCCCCGUGGUUCUCUCUCCUUCUGUUCUCCAGAGGGAUUCUAGGUCUCGGCUUGGGAUUGGGACAGGCCGCUUCCUUCUGUCUUUUGAUGGAGGUGAUCGGUCCCCAGAAGCGGACAACCGCGGCUUUGGCCUUCAGUGUCGGAUUUGCCAUAGGCAUCAUCAUGCUCCCAGGCUUUGCCUGGGUCCUCCAAGACUGGAGAAGCCUGCAAGGCGCCAUCAGCGUACCUCUUCUGGUAUUCGUGCUUUGGUCAUGGUACCUGCCCGAGUCCCCUCGCUGGCUGAUAGCAACCGGGAAAAUGGACGAAGCUCGAAAAGUAAUUCUCAAGGCCUGCGCUGACAACAAACAGCCAAUUGACGAUAUCGACACAGUACUUGGCCAACUGAGAAAGAAAAUCUUGCAGCAAGAGCAAGCGGCCGAAAAGAAGGCCAGUUGCUUGGACCUCAUCAGAAGUCGAAGAGUAUUUCUUUACACCUGCAUCCUGGUAUACGCAUCUGCGGCGAGUGGUAUGAUCUUCUACGGCCUGCAGCUCUCGGUGACCAACCUGGGAGGUGACCCUUACCUCACCUUCGUGAUCGCUGCAGUCGCAGAACUCCCCGUGGCUGUCAUCUGUUACGCGGCCAUCAGGUGGUGUCGGCGACGUUGGACCAUACUCGCCGUGUACGGCGUCACUGGCGUAUGCGCGUUUGCCGUGGCAGUCCUGCCUCCAGUAUGGGUGGUGCCAAGACAGAUGUUCGCCAUCGUUGGGAAGAUGCUGGCCUCCGCUUCACUCACCCUCAUUUGGAUCUACGCAGCCGAAGUGUUUCCGACUCUGUACCGGACGGUCGGUGUCAGCGCCUGCCUCAUCGGCACGCGCGUCGGCUCUUCGACUGCGCCGUUUCUGUUGGAACUGAGAAAUUAUCUUUCUGACUCUGUGCCCAUGGGAACUCUGGCCGCCGUUUCAGCGCUCAGUUCCGCACUCAUGCUCCUUCUACCUGAGACGCUCAGAGUGACGCUACCGGACACGAUACGGGAGUCAAAGCAGCUGGGUAAUUCGAGGAAGUCAGAAAAAGACGGGUCUCUCAAGGAUAAUGCGAACAACACGAAGCUCAGAUUGCCGAUAAUUGGACCUCCUUCAAGUGACGAUGGCAUCAUGCACUGA